AUGGCUGAUGAAGAACAACUCAAAACGACUGCUCCAGAAACCGAGAAUGCAGUAGAACACAAAACACAUAAUUCAGAAGGUGACUCUCUGCAUCCAGCCCAGGAUCAGCAUCAACUGAAAUCGCCUGGUGCCUCGACUCCUAAUAGCCAAAAACAGUCAACACGAGCAGAAGUGAAUGCUGCAAGCGCCCUUAAUGGUGGAAGAGAAAUAUCCAAAAAGAUUUUGUAUGUUGGAGGCUUAAAUAAGCUGAUUGAAGACAGUGAACUCAAGGAAUUGUUUGGUGGUGACGAGGAAGUGUUUUCCGUGAAGAUCUUGAAUGACAAGAAUAAACCAGACUUCAACUACGCGUUCGUCGAGUUCCACGAUGAGAACAGCGCCGAAAAGGGCCUCAAGUCCAUGAACGGGAAAGUGGUCCAUGAGAGUGAACUAAAAAUCAACUACGCAUUCCAGUCUGCCACCUUCGCAACAGCACAAAACCCUGAAGAACCGGUGUACAAUAUCUUUGUUGGAGACCUUUCGCCUGAAGUUGAUGAUGAGGCUUUGCAAAAAUGCUUCUCGCUGUUCGAGUCCUUGAAACUGGCUCACGUCAUGUGGGACAUGCAGACGUCCAGAUCAAGAGGGUACGGUUUCGUCACCUUCGGCACCCUGUCCGACGCUGAAUUGGCAUUGCUGACCAUGAAUGGCAAGCCACUUGGUGGAAGAAACAUAAGGUGUAAUUGGGCCAGCCAUAAGCAGAAUGGUAGAGGUGGGAAUUCUCAAACGAACAACGGAAUGCGUCAUAACAACAAUAAUGGCAUGAAUUACAAUAACAGAAUGCCAAAGCCGUACGGCAGGAAUUACGGUAGCCCAAGCCUCAUACUACCAAACGGCAUCAAUCCUAACAAAGGUCACAUCGGAGGUGGUUUCGAUGCCUCACCGUAUCCCAUGGGCCUGCCACAGAUGCCCGACGGAACGCCUAUGUACGCCGCCCCCACCAUGAACGGUGCGGUUAUGACGCCUCAAUCGUACGAUAUCGUGCUAAGGCAGACGCCAUCCUGGCAGACUACAGUCUACUUGGGAAACAUUGCUCACUUCACCCAACAAGACGAUCUCAUUCCUUUGCUACAAAACUUCGGAUUUAUUGUGGAUUUCAAGUUCCACCCAGAUAAGGGUUGUGCUUUCGUUAAGUAUGAUACCCACGAGAGGGCUGCUUUAGCCAUUGUACAGUUGACUGGAUUUUCUGUUAAUGGCAGAGCUUUGAAAUGCGGAUGGGGUAAAAGCAGGGGUCCCCCUCAAGGUCAGUACAACAUGUAUAAUCGCAACGGACCACCCAUGUAUCAAAGACGAUGA